ACAGGAGAGGGAAGACACAAGCUGCGGCCCGUCAGGAUCAUGGCUGGAUCUGUCUGUUGAAGCAGAGCGUGCAGUGUUAUCUGUGUUUCUACCCCUCUGUGGGUUUGUUUACCCCGGGCAGACAGGCAUUAUCAAUAGUCCACUGAAACACUUGUGGACUUAUUACGUACCGGGUCAAUACAUAAUUGGGGGACUUUUUGUAACAUAUUUGCUGUUUUCAGGCCUAAAAUCAAAAUAGAACAACUAUAACCAAACACCACAUGGCAUUUUUAGAGAAAGAUUCUUCUAAAUAUUAUAUAUACAUCCCAUCCAUUAUCUAUACACCGCUUAAUCCUCAUUAGGGUCAUGGGGGGGCUGGAGUCUAUCCCAGCUGACUCGGGCGAAGGCAGGGGACACCCUGGACAGGUCGCCAGUCUGUCACAGGGCUACAUACAGAGACAAACAAUCACUCUCACAUUCACACCUACGGGCAAUUUAGAAUAAUCAAUUAACCUCAGCAUAUUUUUGGACUGUGGGAGGAAGCCGGAGUACCCGGAGAAAACCCACGCAUGCACAGGGAGAACAUGCAAACUCCAUGCAGAAAGAUCCCGGGAAAGCCGGGACGCGAACCAGGGACCUUCUUGCUGCAAGGUGAAAGUGCUAACCACUACACCACUGUGCAGCCCCAUUAUAUAUACAAUUGAGUAAAAUUGAAACUGAAAACUAUUUAUCAAGAUAUUGUAGUAAACCUGUUGACAUGCGAUAAAUCCACACUUGUCUCACACACAAAAUAACUACAAACAGUUGCAAAAUGACCACAGAGACACACAAAAUUACCACAAACAUCUAAAAUUACCACAAACAGACUGAAAACGGCCACAAAGGGAUGCGAAAUGACCACAGAAAAGCACAAAAUGACCACAAAAAGACCUAAAAUGCCCACAAAACAGACUGAAAAUGGCCGCAAAAGAAACAAAAUGAGCACAAAGACACACAAAACAACCACAAAAAGACACAACAUGACCACAGAAAAACACAAAAUGACUCAAUGAGACAGAUCAUUAUCCUACAAAGACACAAAAUGACAAGACACACAAAACAACGACAAAAAAAUUGCAAAAUGACCACAAAAACACCUAAAAUUACCACAAACAGACUGAAAAUGGCCACAAAGGUGAGCACAAAAUGACUGCAAAAACAUCUAAAAUGCCCACAAAACAGAAAAUGACCAAAAAUGAAACAAAAUGAGCACAAAGACACACAAAACCACAAAGAACGCGCAAAAUGACAAAAAAUGGCACAAAAUAUCCACAGAAAAACACAAAAUGACUUGAGACAGAUAAUUAUCAUAUAAAGACACAAAAAGGCGAGAGACACACAAAACAAUUACAAAAAAUAGCACAAUGACCCUACUACUUACAUAUUUAUUUGAUUUUAUUUUUAUACAUACAUGUCCUAUAUUGUGAUUUCCAGUGACCACUACAACUCACGCUGCUACUGUAAGAGAUUACCAACAGAAUUUCACUGUAUUUUCAUGUACAAUGAUAGAAAAUCUUAUCUUAUGAAUACAAUAAGACAAUGCCUGACCCAUUUACUCAAGUGAAACACAAAACUGCACAAAAACAAACUUAUUUCUCUGCAAAUUUGGGAGCACAAAUGCAGAUGGCUGGCAGCCUAAAAUGGUGUUUGUCUUGCAGUUGUAGCCUGAAACUUUUUGCAUUUAUAAUCCAGUUUUUUGUGUCUUUAAAGAGGAAGGAUGCAGCAGGCUGAAAAGUUUCACUUCCUCCUCUGGUUGAAAGUUUCAGAUCUGUUUUACCUCAAACGUGUGGUGUGCGGUAGAGGCCUUUAAAUUUACCCCGAGCUCUGAGGAACUGAGGAGAAAUGAUCUGGAACCUGAGUGUGAACGUCACUGUCGGAACCUUUAACGUGAGGUGACCACACCGGGCAGAAACACGGAGGAGGAGGUUUGUUCCUGCUUCUGAUCGCUCAAAACACAACAGGUCGUCCGGCACCAUGAGUCAGCGGACGGAGCGGCGGGGGAUCCACGUGGACCAAUCGGAUCUGCUGUGCAAAAAGGGAUGUGGUUACUAUGGCAACGCGGCAUGGCAGGGCCUGUGCUCCAAGUGCUGGAGGGAGGAGUACCAGCGGGUACGGCAGAAGCAGAUCCAGGACGACUGGGCCCUGGCAGAAAAGCUGCAGAGAGAGGAGGAGGCAGCUUAUGCCAGCACCCACGGACAGCAGACCCAGUCCCACUCUCAGGCCUCGACGCCUCCACAGCAGCCAGGACACACCUCACUGGGACCCUUCUCCAAGUUUGAGGAGAAGAAGACCAACGAGAAGACGAGGAAAGUGACCACCGUGAAGAAGUUCUUCAGUCCGUCGUCACGCACUGCUUCCAAGAAAGAAACCCAGGAGGGCAAGACGCCCAGCCCGUCCAUCAGCCGCCACGCCAGCUUCGAGACAGACCAGGUCUCUAAGGACUUUGUGGAGUUCUUGAAAAACCUGCAGAAGACCGGCAGGGAGAUCCACAAGCAGUGCCGAGCUUUUAUUGUGAACAUGUCGAGCAAGAAGGACCUGAGUGCCGAUGAGCUGUCGGAGUGCGUUCAGGAUUUCUACCAGGGCAUGGCCGACCGCCUGAUGAGCCACUUUAAAGGCUCCUCAGAGAGCGUGGAGCAGGUGAUGGACCAGGUGGAGAAGUACAUCAUGACCCGUCUGUAUAAGAGCGUUUUCUGUCCAGAAACCACCGACGACGAGAAGAAGGACUUGGCCACGCAGAACAGGAUAAGGGCUCUACACUGGGUGACCAUCCAGAUGCUCUGUGUUUCCAUGGAUGAAGAAAUCCCUGAAGUCUCUGAGAAUGUUGUCAAAGCAAUAACAGACGUCAUUGAGAUGGACUCCAAGAGGGUUCCUCGGGACAAACUUGCGUGCAUCACUCGCUGCAGCAAACACAUCUUCAGUGCGAUCAGGAUCACCAAGAACGAGCCGGCCUCCGCUGACGACUUCCUGCCUGCACUCAUUUACAUCGUGCUCAAGGCGAACCCUCCGAGGAUUCAGUCCAACAUCCAGUACAUCACUAGAUUCUGUAACCCGAGCCGGCUGAUGACCGGAGAGGAUGGAUACUACUUCACCAACCUGUGCUGUGCGGUGACCUUCAUCGAGAAGCUGGACGCUCAGUCUCUCAAUCUUUCCCCGGAGGAGUUUGAGCGCUACAUGUCGGGCCAAGCUUCGCCUCGUUACAGCAGCUCUGAGGGCGACUGGCCCAGCUCCGGGUCAGGACCGGCGGCCGCCACCAACCCGGUCCUGGUUCAGCUCAACCACAACCUGGAGCUGCUGUCGGACCUCAGCGGCCGGCAGGAAACGCUGAUGGAGGCGGCUCAGAGCCUCCAGGCCGACCUGCUCUCCUGGCCUGAGACGGUGCAGCGGGAGAUUCACGACAUCCUGGAUAAGUAUCCUCUGGAGAUCCUGCCCUGCACCGUGUCUGCUAUCGACGCCAACAACAUGGACAACGAGAACCUGCCGCCGCCCCUCACGCCCCAGGUGUUCGCUGGGUAGAGGAGCCAUAAGAGGAGGAAACACAUUUCACAUAAAGCAAAAGCACUCCGACUUUAAAAGGUCAGCUUAAUGCACAAAUCUCCUCAGUAGAGUUGAGCUUCUGCACCUUAAAGACCUGCUCACACCAACAUUUAUCACAUUAAAAUAUCACUCAGUACAUUUCACUGCAUGCGGUUUUUUGGGUGUUUUUAUGUUUUUAAAGGCGAUGGAUUAUUAGACUGCUACUGUCAGUGUGAGCGGGCCUUUAUGGUUUUCAGAUUUUGCAGGUAUCUUACAAAUCUGACACUGAAUAAUGGUGAUUUGUGUUUUUGUCUGAGGCCAGUUUGACCUAAUAAUUAAUAACAACAACAUAAUCUAACUUCUUGCUAUGUUGAAUAUUUUAUGCAGAUCAGAAAUCCAGUACUUUAAACAACAGAACCACUUGUAUCACAUUAGUCUUGUCAUCGUCAUACAUCAAACUUGAAAAAACACUUCAUUUUUUAAAUGUUUUUUAAUGUUUUAACAUGGUACUGUGUUUUUAGAAUUGACUGUAUUUUGGCAAGCUUCCUGUACACUGACCUCAAUAAUGAAUCAGUGUAGAAAUAUGCACAGUAAAUGAAAAAACACUGAAUAAUGUGUUGUAAAUCUUGAUUUAUUUUGUCAUUUUGUGAUGUACUGUAUUCUGUACUGUAAAACAGGCUGGUGUUGACUGUUGGAACUGGUUAUACUUUAGUGUCAUUUCAAGUUCAACAACAUUUCUCUUCCUCCACAAACUUGCAGAGAAACGACUUCACAGAUAAAAGCUUUGAAGAUGUGUGACGAAAGUAAACUUUAACACAACUGCUAAGAGAACCAGAUUCAAAAUUAAGGAACCACAUUAAAGGAAAUGUUUGUUGCUAUUCAGUGUUUUUCCUACUGAGGUCAAAAUUGACACUUUAUUGUUUUAAAAGUUUUGGCUGAAUUUAUUUUAAUACUUUUAACCACAGAGCUCCUUAGUUAGCGCCAAAUGUGGAUUAAUCCGCGCUGAAAAUAGUCCCCAACCAAAUUCACUGUUUACUUCUGUUUGAGUUACAUUUGCCAAAAACGACAGCGCCCAAUUGUUUAUGAAAAUGUCUCGUUGUUUUAAAAAAAUGUUAAUGAUUUAUGUCUUAAGAAACAGGUUAAGUGUGGAACAAAAAAUACAGAAUAUUUUCCAAAUGUUUUCAAAAAUGUGAAAUAAGAAACUACACAAACAUGUUGGUUAACAUUGAGUGAUUUCAGUGUUUAUUUUAAAAAAUGCCAUUAAAAUGUUUGGCCUUCUGGUAUUAAAUGAUUUAUAAAAACAAUUAAAAUACUGACUAAAGGUUGCUGUGGUGGAUGAUGCUAACUGAUGUAAAAUUAUGUAAAUAAAUGUAUUUUUAAGUUGAGUGAAAUAAAGACACUAAAAUCCCA